AUGGACUGGAUGAAAAGCCUUGAUAUUGCGCUGAAAUCACGUUUGACUGUAUAUAUUUUCGAAAAUAUUUGUGAAAAUUAUUUUAAUCAAUGCGUGACAUUCCAGUUGUGGGUACUGCUGCUCAAUGUUCUGCCGUUUUUCGUGAUUGUGUUUUUAAAAGCGGUAAUUGAUGGUUUUUUCUCAUUGCUCAGCAUUGUGAUUGCCUUCGUCUUUUUUCACGUUGCCAAUAAAACGUUUCUUUCUGCUCUGAGGGAAAGGCGUUAUUUCCAUCUUCUGCAGUCUUUUGCCUCCUCAAUAUUCUUUUUCAAUUUCCAAUCAUAUUUCUACGGAUUAGAGACAGUACUGAUGCCGAUGUCAUUCAUGUCACGCCUUACCAAGCCAGUCACUUUUUUCGCCACUAUGCAUGUCGUACUUGUUGCCGAUCUAGCUGUUAAGAUUAUAACAGUUGCGCUUAAAGCUGGGCUAGCAGCUUUACCGAUGAAAUGCAUGGGAAACAGGCGUUUGCGGCGUCUUUUCCAGUGGGUUGAAUAUACAAGUCAGAUGUAUCGAUAUCUUUUGCCGAUUCCGCAGUGGGCGCGUUAUCUGAGCUAUUCUGUGUUCUCGACACCUUUCGCAUAUUUUGGUGAUCAUUUCUUCGCCAUCAUCUAUGUACUCUAUAAGGUGUGUUUGAUUCAAAUAAUUGGGCGUCGUUGGUUUGACAGUACACUUCGUGUAUUUCGCUUAACAUCCGUUGGCACAAAAGUCUCAGCCAGUGAAGAAGAUUAUUCAUUGCAGUGUACGAUUUGCUUCAACGAUUUUUGUAAUCCUGUCCGGCUCACUUGUGGCCAUGUAUUCUGCGACGAAUGUAUUGGUACUUGGCUUGAUAAUGAACAUACCUGUCCGAUGUGUCGUGCAACGGUUGGACAAGAGGACAACACAUGGAAAAGUGGCGAGACGACAUACUCUCCUCAGCUCUGUUGA